AUUCCCAGGGUUCUCUGCGAGCGAACCAGUAAAAAAAAAAAAGAGUCUGCUAGCAGAAGGGGCUAAGAUUAGAAAGAAAAAAAAAAGGGGCAAAAAGCCUAAGAGAUUCUUUACAAAAGUGAAUAGAUAAAUACGUGUUAGAUAUAGUGAAACAUGUCCGACAACGAGAAACUGGACAACCAGCGGCUGAAGAAUUUCAAGAAUAAGGGCCGCGAUUUGGAGACUAUGAGAAGACAGCGGAAUGAAGUUGUUGUGGAACUUCGAAAGAACAAAAGAGAUGAACAUUUGUUAAAAAGAAGAAAUGUCCCGAAUGAAGAUAUUUGCGAAGACUCUGAUGUUGAUGGUGAUUUCAGAGUGCAAAAUACUUCAUUAGAAGCAAUAGUACAAAAUGCUACCAGUGACAACCAGAGUAUUCAGUUAAGUGCGGUGCAGGCUGCAAGAAAGCUGUUAUCAAGUGACCGUAAUCCUCCAAUUGAUGAUUUGAUAAAAUCUGGCAUUUUGCCUAUCCUGGUUCAUUGUCUCGACAGAGAUGACAACCCUUCAUUACAAUUCGAAGCAGCUUGGGCUUUAACAAACAUUGCCUCCGGAACCUCUGAACAGACGCAAGCAGUUGUUCAGUCGAAUGCUGUUCCACUCUUCUUAAGAUUACUGCAUUCCCCUCAUCAAAAUGUUUGUGAACAGGCAGUGUGGGCCCUGGGAAACAUCAUUGGUGAUGGACCUCAGUGCAGAGAUUAUGUCAUCGGCCUUGGAGUAGUGAAACCACUACUUUCAUUCAUCAGCCCGUCUAUCCCCAUUACUUUCCUGCGAAAUGUGACUUGGGUAAUGGUUAAUCUGUGCCGUCACAAGGAUCCUCCGCCCCCAAUGGAAACCAUUCAGGAGAUUCUUCCAGCACUCUGUGUCCUGAUUCACCACACAGAUGUAAAUAUUUUAGUGGACACAGUCUGGGCUUUAUCCUACCUAACAGAUGCUGGCAAUGAGCAGAUUCAGAUGGUUAUAGAUUCAGGAAUAGUUCCACAUUUGGUGCCUCUCCUCAGCCAUCAAGAAGUCAAAGUCCAGACAGCAGCUCUGAGAGCGGUGGGGAAUAUCGUGACUGGUACAGAUGAGCAGACGCAGGUGGUUCUUAACUGUGAUGCUCUCUCCCACUUCCCUGCUCUUCUCGCACAUCCAAAAGAGAAGAUCAAUAAGGAGGCGGUAUGGUUCUUGUCAAACAUCACUGCAGGAAAUCAGCAGCAAGUUCAAGCUGUCAUUGAUGCUAACCUCGUUCCAAUGAUCAUACAUCUUUUGGAUAAGGGUGAUUUUGGUACUCAGAAGGAAGCUGCAUGGGCUAUAAGUAACCUUACUAUCAGUGGAAGAAAGGAUCAGGUGGCGUACCUUAUCCAGCAGAAUGUUAUUCCACCGUUUUGCAACCUGCUUAUAGUGAAGGAUGCACAGGUUGUACAAGUGGUCUUGGAUGGGCUCAGCAAUAUUUUGAAAAUGGCAGAUGAGGAGGCUGAGGCCAUUGCUAACCUGAUUGAAGAAUGUGGAGGUUUGGAGAAGAUUGAACAGUUGCAGAAUCAUGAAAAUGAGGACAUCUAUAAACUGGCAUAUGAAAUUAUUGAUCAGUUCUUCUCCUCUGAUGAUAUUGAUGAAGAUCCCAGCUUAGUUCCGGAGGCAAUCCAGGGUGGAACCUUUGGUUUCAACUCAUCGGCUAACGUACCAACAGAAGGGUUCCAGUUCUAGAAAGUUACCCAAAGCGGAGUUGACUACAUGAUGCAGCCCUGUAAAAUGAAAUUUGAUCCAUUGUGCUUGGCUCAUGGGAACCACUGCUGCAUUAAAACGGAGAGAAAAUGUGUGGAUUUCGUUUGGCAUCUGAGAAAAGCCCAAAUGAAGUUGUGUUGGCGAGUGGGUGCGAGUGAGAGUGAGUGGCAAAAUGUUGCAAAAUCUACACUGAAUGCUUUGAGGAUGUUUCAAGAAACUGCAAGUUAUUGGAAGUCCACGGCAAAGAAGGGUCUGAAAACCAAGAAAAAUAAAUUUGAAAAUUGGACAAAAGUACUAUAUCAUAGCUUGUGGACUUGUAGCCGAAAAAGCAGGAAAUUUGGUUAACUUUUGUCAGUACAGAGAGCCAGAACUAAGGCCUUGCUAUGAAGCACUGUGUGAAUGGAUCUAUGUGUGAAUGUCUGGACUCAAUGUUCUGGAGCCAGGGCUCUUCGUUCGCGAAGCAGGCUCGCUAGUCCAGGAGUGUGGCGUGUGUACGAGAGUAUGGGCGUAUGGGUGUGAUGUUGUAUGUGAACGCAUGCAAAACUUGAUUCGCCUGUAAGGGGCACAUUUAAUAAAUCCCAAAAGGUAAACAAAUAAAAAUUAAACCAGAAAAAUAUCAGUUUUAUGUUUAUAUUAAUUUACACUGGACAAUAAAAUUGACUGGUUGGGCAGCAGUGCAUUGUAUGAUAUACAUUCAACAGAUUUGGUUGACUCUCUUGCUUCCAGUGUGUUUUUAUUUAGAAUUUUUUUUUCUUUCUUUACAGCUUUUAUUUUAGAUGCUUGUUUAAAACAGAACUGUUGCGAGGCUCCCCUGUGCAUUGUACCACACAUUGAUUUGAUGCUGUGAAUAUCUUUCCAUAUCCUCCGUCACUUAUUAAAAAUCACAACGUACGUGUGUAAAUUAGCUUCCUGCAUGAAUAAGGUUAAGGUUUCCCAUGAAGCAAAAGUAACUGUUUAGCAGUGAAGAUUUGCUAUAACAAUGAGCUUCAACUUCAACAUGAUGAGUAACCUUUGCAUGUACUAAACUACAGCAUAGUUUAUUUUAGCUGUGUUUUGUUAGGCUGUGAAUACAGUUUUAUUAUUUUCAGAAUACUGUGCUGUUUUAAGGGUUUUUUUCUGACUUAAUUUCUAAAUUAAGAAGGAUAUUUCUAAACAGUUUGCACAUGUACUGCUAAAUAAGGACUGAUUUGAAAAGAAGUGUGUAGAUGUAUAAAUCAGUUGUUUCAACACCCUUACAACACAAUCUGUUUAGUAUUUUUUUUUUAGUUUAGAUACAGCCAUGAACAAUCUAUCUUGAGCCACUUUAGGAGAGCGUUUUGUAAUUUUUUUAAGACUUGCAUUGCAAACAUGCAAGAAGUGUAAAUUUUUUUCUCUUGUCUUUUUUAUUUGGCGAUUGGAAAUAUUUGAAUUUUUUUUUUUUUUUUUUUUUUUUAAAAAAAAAGAUAUACUUACACUAAAUUAAGUGACUAAAGGUGAAGUCAUGCCUAUUCUCUUUAAGGUGGCUCAUUGUAGGAAAUGCUGUGCCCCCCCCCCCCCCCCCUUGAGCACAAGUGAUGCAUGAACAAGUUUGCUCUAUUUAAGUUCAUCAGAGGUUAGCCACCAUUAGCUCGUGUAAAUUUGUGUAAUGUAACUUCAGAAUACUAGAAUGGAUUACAUUUUGUGGUCUUAACCUUUUGUUGAACUCAGAUAUUUUUUGCAGCAUUCCUUUGCCAGCAGAAGAUGUGGUUUCAAAAAUUAAAGCAGAAGAUAACUUGUGUGCUUAACCCGUUAUCAUAAUACUAGGCUACAGGCUAUGUUGUCUGAGAAAAAUAAAGAUUGAAACCCA